CUCGCGCUCCCGGGGCUGAGUCGUUGUGCCACGGUCGUCCUCAUUGCUCGCCGAUGUAAGCUCGUCGAGAUCAUUGGAUUUGGCCGGGGGUAGGGAGUCGGAUUGGUCGUCGUCCGGUCGCUAGUCCAUGUCGCGGUCCGUGCACGAGCUCGUUAAUGGUCCGGGAUACAAGCACGAUGAUCGAACGAGAGAGGCCUUACUGCAAGAUCGUGGAUGGCCACAGACUUCCGGGCUCCUUCUCCGAAGAAGUGUAUCGCAGCGGUCUUCGGUACCGGCCCGAGCCGGGAGACGUGGUCCUUGACACCUUCCCAAAGUGUGGCACCCAUUGGGUCCAGGGCAUCCUGACGGCCGCCUACCAAGUCUGCAGGGGCGUGACACCGGGAUCCACCUUUCUGGAGUUGCUCGGGCUCGAUGCUAUCGAGAAGUGUGCCAGGCCUCGUAUCGUGAGCACGCACCUGCCGUUCCAGCUGGUGCCUUUUUCAGAGGAGGCCAAGUACAUCUACGUGAUAAGAAACCCGAAAGACUGCUGCGUGUCCUUCUACCACCACACCAAAACCAUAGCAGCCUACAAGUUCCAAGACGGCACCUUUGACGAAUACUUCGAGAUCUUCCUGGACGGACGCACCGACUUCGGCAGCUACUACGAGAGCCUGCGUUCGUGGUACUCCAAGCGGAACGAGCCCAACGUACUCUUCCUCACCUACGAAGGCAUGCACGCGGACGUAAGCGGAUCGGUGCUGAAGAUAACGCGCUUCGUAGACGCCGGCAUCGCCGACGAACUGGCGCGGGACGAGGACAAGAUGAGGACCGUUCUGGAGAACUCGAGCGUCAGCAGCAUGAAGAAGGAGUUCGCGCUGCAGUUCGUCAGGAAAGGCACCGUGGGAGACUGGCGGAACUACUUCUCGCCGGAGCAGUCACGAAGACUGGAGGAGAGGUUCCUACGCGAGAUGGAAAGUACGGACAUCCCGCAGCUGUGGGAAGGUGUCGGCUGGCUUCUCGAUGAAACUAAGGCCUGAACACUCUCUAUACCUGACGUCUCAAGUGUCUUGCGACGUCGCAAGUCACUGCUCGGACACAUCUAAUCCCGCUGCGGUCACCCAUCGCGGAAUGGUUUGCCUUAACGCACCCCUCGAGAUUCCUUGCGCUCUGCUCUCACGUCGCCUUCACAGGUAUAACAAGCCUAUGAAAUAAAAAAACUACCGCUAUGAUUUCAUCCUUCUUAAUGCGCACUGAACUACUCCACUUUAAUUCCAGGAAGAGAGAAAGAAACAGGAGGAAAGUUAACUCCAGGAAAAGGCGGCAGCGGGCGUCGUAGGCGUAAACUAAGCGCACUUUAAUAAAUGAACUUUACGAACUAACACGGGUCGCGCAGCGUAACAACCGAAGUCCAGCACUAGGUAACAAACUUCACCGGGCCUCCAGCUAUCGUGACCGACUGCUGGCUGCAUGGUUGGCCUUGGCCUUGGCCUCGACCGACCACACGUCUCAUGCACGUGCGCUUGCUGCGAUGGCCGUAGCAAUGUCUCCCAUGCUCCUUCUUGGCGUUGACUUAUGGCAACCGGAGCUUUUCACCGGGGCAUUUCACCGGCGUCAAAUUUGUUAAAUAAUCAUCCUAUAAUUUUAGGCAAAUUAGAUGAAGGAAUUAUCAUGCACCAACGUAAAAAAAACAUGUAUGAAAGAAUGUUUUCUUGCCGGAGCGUAGUGCAAAUAAGUUGUAACCAACUGAGAGUUUUUCAUAAUAUUGGCUCAAGUUUAUCUUCGCGUUUUGUAUUUCAUGUAAAGUGCAAGUUCUUUUUCUACUGUCUCAUUUCCAUAUUGCUUGUUUGCUGCAAGAUAUACCAUGCCUUUGUCUGUUUGUGUUCGCACAUAAGAAUUAUUAUAAAUAUGCUUCUCUUUAAACACCUUUUUUCGUGUUUUGCAUAUGUCUGCUUCACGGUACGUUAUAAACUG